GUAAGCAGUGCCACGUCAGACACAGUGCCACGUUAGCAGUGCCACGUCAGACACAGUGCCACGUCAGCAGUGCCCCGCCACCAUGACGGGCGCAGCUUUGGGCAUGUCAGGCCAACUGGCCAAUGAGUCCAUUGCCGACUACAGAAAACGCUUCGAGGCUCAGCUCGCUGCAAUCGAGGUUGAGGAACAAUGCCAGCUGGCAGUCAAGGCUGCCCAGCUAGAGGCUCAAGAAGCAGCAACAGCAGAGAAGCUGCGGCUACAGGCCGAAGCAGACGCAGAUACCCAGGCUCGCCGCAAGGAAGUCCAGGAUCUGCUGCUGCGGCAUGAAGCCAACAGCAUCGACAGACUCAAGUUCUGGCACUUUGAACCGAACGGCAACGAACCAACACCGGAAGAGAAGCAUAAGGAGUUCAUGGCCAAGCUCGUGACCAGGCUGGUUUACAUAUGUAACCACCUGCAGUUCGAGCUGGCAAACCUUCAGAGGGCUGUGCGGAACCAUAAGACUCAGCAUGAGGAUGCCACACGGGCACUGGACGCCCGUGUACUGGACCUGGAACAGGCUGUACCAAGACCAGAUGCUGGGGCUUCCAGCAGUGCAUCCUCUAGCCGCCAACUGGAGGAACGCGUUGACCAUGUAGUGGCAAUGCUAGGAGACAUAAGUGCCUUCACAGAGCCGGCCACCAUCAGCCAGCUGUUCGAGUUGCUGGACACUAAGAUAAAUCAGCAACAGCAGACCGACCACAACCACAACAACAGCUCGGCAAGGCCAUACAAGAUGCCGACGUUCCGGAUCGAGAAAUUUGAUGACUACACACAUCAAGACCCGGUCGUCUGGUGGCAAGGAUUUACAACGGAGUUGGGGAUCCACGAGGUCCCUGACCAUCUGUUCAUCACUGCUCUGUUCAUCAACACCAAGGGAGGAUGUUAGAUCUGGCUCAGCCACAUGGCAACCAUCCACGACGUCCAGGUUUCAGACCUACACAAGAAGGUCUCCUGGGCGCAUAUGACAAAGGAAUGGAAGAAGCGGUUCAUAGUGGAUGACGCGCCUGCGCUCGCCAUCAACCGCAUCUUCGCGAUGGCUCAAGGGAGCACACUGACACGUUGUCAGGCGGCCACAAGCAGUGCGCCGCCUGAAAUCU